ACCAUUUCCACUUUCGAUUUCUGUAGCAACAGCUUAGUUAAUACAUCUCAGUUCUUUUAUUUCUGGUUUCAUUCCUUCAUCUGCUUGAGAUAUCAAGGUUGAGAAAGAUGAGCUCAGGAGACUGGAUUUGCUGCUCAUGCCAACACAUGAACUUCAAAAAGCGGGACUCGUGCCAGCGAUGUGGGUGCCCCAAGUUCGGAGGUGGUGUCGAUGUGCCAUUGCUCGGACUAAAAAGGACCGAGGUCUUACCGGGGGACUGGUACUGCAAUGUCAUCAACUGUGGAGCACACAACUACGCUAGCCGACCAACCUGCCAUAAAUGUCACGCGACAAAGAACGACUAUUGUAAUGUUUAUGGUGGAGGCGUGGUGGGCUCCGCCAGUGGUGGUCUCCCCGGAUGGAAAACCGGUGACUGGAUUUGCGCUAGGACUGGAUGUGGUGCACACAACUAUGCUUGCCGGAUGGAAUGCUUCAAAUGUGGUGCACCAAGAACUUAAUCAGAGGUUGAACUCAUCAAGGAACGAUGAGGGAAUAACACAUAUAUGUAGCAAACUACCGAUUUCAAAUUACCAAUUUCUAUCUUUCUUUCUUUUUUCAUCGUUCAUUUUGUUUCACUUCUUUUCUUUCACCUUCUUCAUCAUGUCAUGCUGAAAUAAGCUUAUAGAUUCUUGUUGAUGACCAGCUUCAUCAAACAAUAGUAAUGUACUUGUCCGGUGCACGUUAU